AUGCGCGUCGUUUAUCUGUCAAAAAGACCGUGGUUGUGCUACACAAAGGUUUCAAGUCGCAGUUUGUUAAAUUUUCGUAAAAUGUCUGACAAUUCUCCUCCGGGAAAGAGUGACGGAGUCGAUCAUCCAGUGGACCCCACAGUACCUGUAGUCCCGCCAAAUCACGUCGAGAGCUUAGGUUCCAGGAUAAGGGAUCUUGACGUAGAUUCUAUUCGACGAUAUUUGGCACAGAAACUUGGAUUUUACGAACCACCCGAGCCAGCAGCGCCGGUCGAAAAAGUCUUAGAUGAAAUUAAUUUGGAUGGUAUGGUAAAAUGGAUUAAAAGUGAUAGAUGUAAAAACAUUAUAACAUUAGCAGGAGCGGGAAUAUCUACAUCUGCAGGAAUACCAGAUUUCCGCAGUCCAGAAACAGGAUUAUAUCAUAAUCUGCAAAAAUACAAUCUACCGGAACCACAAGCUAUAUUUGAAAUAAACUUCUUCAGACAGAAUCCAAAACCAUUCUUCACAUUAGCGAAGGAAUUAUUCCCAGGAAGUUUCAAACCUACUUUAUCACACUAUUUUAUUAAACUUUUGCUUGAAAAAGGUUUACUUCUCCGUCACUAUACUCAGAAUAUUGAUACACUUGAGCGUGGCGCUGGCAUUCCUGAAGACAAGAUUGUUGAAGCUCAUGGUACUUUCUAUACCUCCCACUGCUUAGAUUGUCGAAAGCAGUAUGGUCUGGAUUUUGUCAAAGAGCGCAUAUUCGCUGAUCAAAUCCCCAUAUGUACUGAAUGUCCUGGAGUAGUGAAGCCAGAUAUAGUGUUCUUCGGCGAGAGUCUACCAGAACGAUUCCAACAGUGCCUACAAGAGGACUUCCAGCGCUGUGAUAUGCUCAUCAUCAUGGGCUCAUCGCUAGAAGUACAGCCAUUUGCCUCGCUUAUUGAUAUGGUCCCAGAUUGGUGUCCGCGGCUGCUUAUUAACCGAGAGAAGGCGGGUGUCAGGUCUUCAUUCUUCAGACAAUUGGGUCUCAUGGGUGGAGGUCUUCAAUUUGAUGAAGAAGGUAUCCGCGAUGUGGCGCGACUGGGAGACUGUGAUGAUGGUUGUCAAGAUCUCGCUGAUAGACUUGGUUGGGGGGAUGAACUACGCGCACUGGUGGCGCGCGAACAUGAACGCAUCGACCUAGAAGGUCGCGCUUCAGCACCUCACGUGCCUGUUCCAGUCACUGUCGUCCCUGCAGGACCCUCGCUGGACCCCAAACUAUGAGUAUAACACGUACCAUAUUAUUUAUUAACGAGGAUAGCACAAUAAGCAUUGUCUUAGCUCUCUUCAACUCUUAAUAUGGUGUUUAAAAGUAUAUGCAAACAAUUUAAAGUGCUAUUAUUAUUAUAGGAUGCUCUUUUUAUUACUUAUUAUAAAGCAGUAAUAUCAGAUUUCAAGUAAAAUAUAUUUCUAAUGUUAUAUAGUUUAUACAUAGUAUAUAUAGAUGUGUUUUGCUGAAAAACAUUUCAUCAAAGCCAUAGGUCAUAGAUUAAAAGACAUGCUUUUUACAGUAAAAUGUAGGUGUAGUUGCCUAUACAAUCCGGUGCUAAACAAACUCAUGAAGUAUUUAACGUAUAUUUUUAAACACCAUAAUAUAUUGUUAUUAUUUGUUGUUUUUUUGUAUCUACAGACAAAGGUAAUAUUAUGAUAUUAGUUAUAUAUUUUUAGGAACUGUGUCUACAAAUCAAAUCGAAAAAUUAAUGUACUUUAUUUUUAGCAACUAAGAUAUAUGCAAGAAAAUAUAAAGGAAGAGAUUAUACUUCAAUCGUGCGUACAAAAAUAAUAAGUCUCUACUUCACACGCGCGAUUUUAUAAUACACUAUUAUCCUUACAAAGUGAGUGAUAUAUUUUGAAUGACUACGUUUUAAUAAUGCAGGUUCCUCGUUCGGAAUCGCGCGCGAUUACCCGUUACACGACCGCUUUCCUACUGAAUCGAAAAUUCACGAAAAUCGCGCGCGAUAAAGUGAACACGUCAAACAGACAUAGAGACAAUAGCACGCGCUUGGGCGCACGGGCUUUUCCGUGCUUCUGAUCGCGCGUGAAAGUAAACGUAAGUAGCCAUUUAAUUGUAUUAAUUGGUAUUUGUAAUAAUAUUUUGUCUGUAGAUAUGAUAGUAUAUUUUCACUGUAACACAUGAUAUACGAAGUAAUAUUAAAUAUCAAAUUUUCUAAAAUAUAAAAAUGAGUGAUAUGUGUGUAUCUUCUUAGAUAAAAUAAAAUUAUUGUAUCAUCUGUUUUUUCUUACUUAAUUAGUAUAGUUUAAUUGAUAUGGGUCAAUUAAAAAUAAGAUUAACACAAAAAGUACAAUUUGCAAAAUAUUAAAGAAUUUGUCCAGUAAAAUGUUUGUUCCUAAGAUUGUUGUAAUAGGUAAGAAAUAACAGAUUAUAAUAUUUUAUUUGUUAGUUGCGAACACAGAUGUGGAUCUAUUGCUACUUAUUUUGUCGGCGUGCCUAUUUUUGUCUCAAGUAAAAGCUAGAACUAAACACUUAAACUACAUUUUAAAUUAUAAAUUGGUUUUGACACGAUUUCAGAAUAAUUUUAUUUAUUUAUUGUUAAGAGGUCGAUAUAAACAUUAUUUGUUUUCGAUUAUAGUGCGAAAUCUGCUAACUUUAGCAUGUAUUAAUAAAUACAGAUUAUUCUCGUACGAUUUCUUAUUUCGCACUCUAAGUAUUUGUUUAGAUGCGGAUAAACUCAGCCUAUUAAGGUUUAAUCAUAAUAAUAUAGUAUGGCACGCUUAGACUUAUAUAGAUUGAGAUAGUUGCACCUUCUAUCUUGUAUCUAUGUCUGUGCUUGCGUAUAUUACUUUAAAGUGUGCUCACAUUAUCAGGUUGAAACCCGACGGCUCGUGUCGACGACUCUUUCGAUUGAUUGAUUGCUUGCAUUUUCAAAGAGGGUGGGGCGUAGCAACCAAUGAGCCAAUCAAACGGCGUCGACGGCACGGGCCGACCAGAUGUGAGCACGCUGUUAAAUGUUGACCAUUCACGGUAAAGGCUUGACACUAUAGCGUAUUGUGAUUAUAAUAUGAAUGAUUUAUGUAACACAUCUUUAUAUAUUAUAUAUAUCAGAAGUUAAAACAUAAAAUUCAUAAAUAUAGAAACAUUUAGUUAAUAUUAUUGAUUAUAU